AGCUGUUGGGUUCACACGCUCUCAUUCAGUGAGCUUCUUGGCAGGUGCGGCGAAUGGAGAAAGUCGAGGCAGCCGUGGUGCCGUGCCCAUGUAGAGCGCGGCCACUCUAAAGGCAGCACAUGUCUGAUGUGGGCAGCAGGACCCCGAAACAAAGCCUUCUGCAAAGAAAGGCAAGUCACCAGGGAUCGGAUGGUCAAACUCCAGAUGACAGAAACUAUGAGGGGUACUACGGCGAAGAUGGUUGGUGGGAGGAAGACGGAUACCACCACUUUGGAAGCUACGAUGCUUCAUACUACGAAGAGUGGCAUGGAGAGGGGAGAGCUGACGACAUCUUUGAGGUCGACCUGUACUCCAUGGUCUUUGUCCUUGAUGAGAAUCUUGCGCCGAAGGAUAUGUACAACGGCUUUGAGUUUGAAGAGAAGACCUUCCUUUUCUCAAUCGAGGCGGAAGAUGUAACUCCCAGUACUCCAGCCGCAUGGAAGUCCAGACCUCUCAAAAUCCAUCCAGAGCCGCCGCCCUACAGAAAGGACAUGGCCUCUACACCGCCACCGCGAAGUGGAGCGGCGACUGAUGCCAACACGGGAGGAUCCAACACCCCAACUGCACCUGGAGGUCGAACACCUCGACAGAAGGCUGCCAUUCCUCCAAAAAUGGAUACGCCGAAAGAUGUCACGUUGCCAGCCCUUGCCACAACGCCGCCGAGAAGGCCUGUGGAACCUCCCAGUAAAGAGGACUCUGAGCAGUCGGGAGACGAGCUGGCGGGCAAGAUCCACAUCAAUAACAAGCAGCUGGAGCACUUGAAGCAAAAAAUGCAGGCAUUGAAGCAACGCCGGGCAAGCUUGCCUGAGAAAGAGAAAGAUGACAAAGAUGGCAAGGAAAAGGACAAGGGAAAAAAGGAGGAGAAGAAGGACAAAGAGAAGGUGGAAAAAGAAAAGGACAAAGAGAACCACAAGAAGGACGAAAGCCAUACCAACGGGCCAAAGAGGACUGAGGGCACGGUGCAUUCCAAUUGUCCUGGCGCACACGGCCUGAGUCUCUUCAAAACACCUGCCCGUGGCUGGUGGUGCAGUGUUUGCGAGAAGGAGCAUGACAAGGGCUCCGCCUUCUACGGCUGUCGCACCUGCGACUACGACGAAUGCGAAGCUUGUGCCAUGACACCGCGACCAAAGGCAGCACCACAGGCACCACAGGUUCCUGAAAAGCAACCGGACAAGCCUUCCGCACCCGUAGAAGCCAGUCGAACGAACAAUUCAAAUUCAACUCCGGUCAAAACUCGAGGCACCACAAAGAAUUCCACGCCUCCUCCAAAGAAGAAAGUUUCCUCGAGUUCUUCGUCCUCUUCAAGUUCAGGUGACUCGAAGUCAUCGAAGUCGCGGUCGCCCUCGUCGCCAUCGAAGAAAUCGCCGCCCAAGAAGGAGACCAAGAAGGACAAGGGAGAUUCGAAGAAAAAGGCCAAUUCAAAAGAAAAGAAUGUCAAGAAGGGCGAUGCAAAGCGCGACGCGCAGGACAAAGGCGACAAAGGCGGCAAAGGCGACAAAGGCGACAAAGGCGACAAAGGAGACAAAGGCGACAAGCGAAAGGCGGCCAAAGUAAAGGUGAAGAAAACAGUCAAGAGGCCAUGCAAAGCCAAGUCGAAGUCCAGGUCUGACGACAAGUCGGACGACAAGGCGAAGAAAAAAUCCAAAAACACACGUAAAACGAAGCGUGCUGCUUCUGAUCCCAAGCUUGUACCGCGCAAGAAGGAUUCAAAGGAAGCGAAAGAAGAGAGUCGAGAACCAAAGCGCCGCAAGGAGAAGGAGGUAUCUCCAAAGAAAGCUGCCCGGUCACGCUCCAGGGACGACUCUUCUCAGAGCGAGGAGCCUCCAAAGAAAAGGGCUGCGAAUGCCCUCACGGUGGCUGCGGAGCGAGCUCCAGUGAGUUUGACGCGUGCCUCCGCGGCCAGACGCGAAGAAGAAAAGCCGCCUGCUGACGAGGGCACGCGUGCACGUCGGAAUGCGCCUGCUGCGCCUGCUGAAGCAGCAGAGGCUCGCAGAUCGCGGGGAGCUGGUGGAGAUCUCUUGCGCAGGGUUCUGCGCGCGAAUGCGGUCCACAAUGCUCGACAGGAUGGUGGUCCCACAAGAUCCAAGGAAGGUGAGCCUCGUGCGACUUUGGUGCCUCCCACUCGCAAGGACGAAUCAUCCAGCGAGGAGAGUGUACCGCGAGGUGCUGCAACCUUGAGGCCUCCCCAAGACAGAGGUAUCAAGAAGGCUGCGGAAGCACGCAAGUCGCGAAGGGUUUAACCUCGCGACAAUGUGGAGCAAGUAGUGGAGCGUUUGUGGAGCGUUUGUGGAGCACUGGAGAUCGGAUCAAUACCACACAUAGAUACAAUGAU